GGGCUCGGCUCCGUGCCCGCCGCCGCGGCAUGCCCAGCGCUCCGCAGGCGCCCGCGCGGCCGCCCAAAGAAAGCCCCGAGCAAGGACCCCGCGCUGGCCGCGCCAUGGCGGCCGCCGGCGGGGACGCGGAGCAGGAUGGGUUACAUCCAAGACACCUUAUCCCAGAGCUUUGUAGACUGUUUUAUGGUCUAGGCUGGGUAACAGGAACUGGUGGAGGAAUCAGCUUGAAACAUGGGGAUGAAAUCUACAUUGCUCCUUCAGGAGUCCAAAAGGAAAGAAUACAGCCAGAAGAUAUGUUUGUUUGUGAUAUAAAUGAACAGGACAUCAGUGGUCCUCCGCUUCACAAGAAACUAAAGAAAAGCCAGUGCACACCUCUUUUUAUGAAUGCCUACACUAUGAGAGGGGCAGGCGCAGUGAUCCAUACACAUUCCAAGGCUGCUGUUAUGGCUACCCUUCUUUACCCAGGGAGUGAGUUCUCUAUUACCCAUCAGGAGAUGAUAAAAGGAAUCCAGAAGUGUACUUCAGGAGGCUAUUACAGAUAUGAUGAUACACUAGUGGUUCCUAUUAUUGAGAAUACACCAGAAGAGAAGGAUCUCAAGGACAGGAUGGCACGUGCAAUGGAAAAAUACCCAGACUCUUGUGCUGUCCUGGUCAGGCGUCACGGUGUUUAUGUAUGGGGAGAGACAUGGGAAAAAGCCAAAACGAUGUGUGAAUGUUAUGACUACUUGUUUGAUAUCGCAGUGCAGAUGAAGCAGCAUGGGCUAGAUCCUUCAAAACAUCCAGCAGGAGAAAAUGGGAUCUUGUAAAUGUCAACAACAUUUAUACUCAGGUUUCUCACAUGAUGAUGGGAGUUCCAGCUUUCACCCCACACUAUUGAAGCCAGAAGGGGGUGCUGAUCCUCAGCUGAUUGACAAAUGUCAGCAGGAACUUUUAACUCCUAAAUGCACCCAAGAAUUAAAGGAGCGUUAAAAAAACCCCAACUACUGAACAAUCAUUGUAAUUUACAAGUCCUGUUGAAUGCCACAGUAGGAGGAAUGAAAAUCCAGAUGCAAAAAGACUUUGGAAAAAUUUGGAGAACUAAUAUCACGUUUUGGUUUUGUGCCUUAAAAAUAUGCAUUUCAACAACCUGCAUUUGUUGAUCCUGCACUAAUGCUACAUCAUUUAACGUGAAAUAAAUCUGCAUUUCUGAAA